AUGGCGGGGUCAAACAAUGACCUGGAUGUGCUCCAAGCGUCUCCGAUAUUUAACGAUAUUUUACAGGAUAAAGCAACGGACAUGUCAUACGUUGUCAAUGGAGAUGAAUAUAAGUAUGGGUAUUACCUAGGUGACGAGAUAUAUCUUGAAUGUGUUACAUUUGACAAGUCAUACACAUUUAUGGCUGACGAUAAACGAAAAAUGUUCAAGUUAGCACAAGAAUCUGCAAGGAAGGAUGUAGAACGGGCCAUGAUAAUAGAAGAAGAGGGUAGGGCUAUUUGUUCAUAUACCACAAACGAUAUACUUAAUCCACCUGUAGUAAUACAAGUUGGUAGCCUGACAUACUUAUCAAGGGUUUUGGAAAUACAAAACCGUGAAACACAUCACAAUCUACGACAUGAUUUGAUUGAAUACAUAUGGGAAAGACAAUUCCAAGGGCAAAAUGGCGAUGAAGACGAGGAGAAUGACGAUGGUGAUGAGGAGGAGGAUGAGGACGGUGACGACGAUGCGGAUGAUGCCGGUGACGACAACGACAACGAUUAG